GCAGCUGAACGCGGUAAUUCUGCUGUUGUUUAUAGCCUACUGAAGACUGUUGCGAAUGUUAACGACACUGAUGGUAAAAAAAAUACGCCAUUAUUGUUGGCUGCCGCACGAGGCCGUACUAAAGUAGUGCAAGUAAUUAUUAAUUAUAAAAAUAGCCACCCCAAUAUUGAUCUUGCAAUGAAUAAUCUCAAUGGCGAUACGGCCCUUCAUGUAGCAUGCGAAAAUGGACAUGCAGCUAUAGUCCAGCUACUACUGAGUUGUAGUGAUUUUAUUCGUGAUAUUAAUGCUCAGAAUGUUAAAGGAGACACUGCUCUCCAUUUAGCUGCUCGUAACGGAAAUCGGGAUAUCGUUCAAGAAAUCUUAAAGAUUGAUACCCUCGAUUGU